GAAACUGGAAGUGGGAAAAGAGCGACAGCAAACACCACCCUUGGGAAGACAACCUUUGAGACUAGAGCUGCUCCCCACGCUGCUGCCAAGACCUGUCAAAGAGCAUCCUGGCAAUGGAACGGGAGAGACCUGCUUGUUGUUGACACCCCAGAAAUCUCUACCUUAGAUGAAGGCCUGGCCACCACCUAUGAGGAAACCAGCUGUUGUGCCGUCUACCCCCGCCCAGGACCUCACGCCAUCGUCAUGGUUGUGCACCUGGGCUGCUACACGGAGGAUGGUAGGGAAACCAUGGCUGUGACCGAGGCUGUCUGUGGGAGGCCAGCCAUGGGGCACAUGAUCAUCCUGAUCACUCGCAAAGAAGAGCUGGAGGACCAGAGCCAAUGUGGGUGUGAACCUACCAAACAUCACCAGGGAGUGUGGGGGCCGGGCUGUGCCUUCAACGACAGAGCAGGGGAGGCUGAGAAGGAAGCUCAGGUGCAGGAGCUGGUGGAGCUGAUAGACAAGAUGUUGCGGAGCAACGGAGGGACGUGCUUUUCCAGUGCUGUACUCAGGGGCACAGAGGAAGGGCUGGAAAAACAGGCAGAGGUCUUGAGAAGAAAGUGCACUGAUCAAUUAGACAAUGAAAUUCGAACAGUGGAAGAGGAGGAUGCUCAGAUGUGCAAGCAGAGUAUGCAGGAAAAGGAGGAAAACAUAAAAUCGAUGAAGAUGACAUAUGAGGAAAAAAUAAGGAAAGUAAGACAAGAGGCUGAGAAGAGUAUAUUUAGCCGAAUUGUCAGUGAAAUUAAGAAGAUGCUUUUAAGUGUAUGGCAUGUGCUCUGGAAGUAA